AUGGAAAGCAUCGUUGGUGAAACGCAACCAAAACCGAUUUCUAAACAACGUCGUCGAUCGAUUAUUGUCGAUUAUCUUCUUUCAACUUCAACACAUGGAUUACGAAGUGUUGGUCGUGCCUAUUCUUCUUGCAAUCGUUUAUUUUGGAUUACCAUAUUUACAGUUGCUUUUGGUUUCAUGUUCUUUUUUGUCAUUUCAUCGGUUAUUGAAUACUUUACUUAUCCUACACAGACAACCACUGAAAUUAAUCUUGAACGUAAAAUGCCCUUUCCUGCUGUUACAGUUUGCAAUGCAAAUCCGUAUCGACUCGAUAAGAUGAAUGCGUCACUUGUUGCAUUUGUCAGUCGAUUAUAUUCACCUAAUAAAACAUACAAUCAGAACUUACUCGAUUCACUUGCUAUACCACUCGUGAUCGAUUUAUUCAAUCGUAAUCAAACGGAGGAACUCGCAUCAAUUGGAUUUCAACUAAGUGAUAUUUUACUUAGUUGUGUGUAUAAUGGUAUCGAUUGUUCCAAUUUAUUUACACGUUCACUUACUUCGGCUCUUGGUAAUUGUUUUACAUUCAAUUGGAAAACAUCAACACCGUUUUUUACAAUAGCCGAUUACGGUGAUACUCUUCUUUUGAGAGAAGCUCUUCAAAUGACAUUUUAUGUACCACGUGAAUCUAAUUUUCCUGUUCCAUAUUUUAUGAUCGGUCUCAAUAUAGUUUUACAUGACAACGACGAAUUUCCAUUGUCUAUCGAGAAUGGUCUUGCUCUUGCGCCUGGUUUAUCUCAUUUGAUAACUUAUCGUAAAAGUUCAGAAACAUUUCUUCCAGCACCAUAUAGUCAAUGCACAUCCAACGUGAGCAGCGAUUUGCGUGCUCUCUACAGGACAACAUUUACCAAUAGAAACGUGUCGGAUUCCAUUCUCUAUUCGGAGUCGGUCUGUAACGAGUUGUGUGAACUAGCCUAUAUCUUUUCACAAUGUUCAUGCAUUCUUCCAAUACCAUUCUUCACACGAAAUGUUCUCGCACUCAAUGGUAGUCUCGUGUCUGCCCGUAUCUGUAAUCCACUUACUAAUGAGUUUUCAUGUGCAUUCACUGCUAAACAACAACUGGCAGCCAGUGAUCAAUUACAAACCGCCUGGUGUUCUCAUUGUACUUCGCAAUGUCAAUAUACCGAUUUCACAAGUGAUUUAAGUGCACAAGCAGCUCCAUCCGAUACGGAAAAGGCAACGUGGGCUGCAGCACUAUUAAAUGGAAGUAACACGACCAUCUUAUUACCUGACGAUUUUGCCCAAAAUUUCAGUUAUUAUAUGGAUCGGAAUUACUUAAGAGUUGAAAUUCAAUGCGGUAGUAAAUAUGUUAUCGAGUACAAACAAGUAGCGACAUUGUCACUCAUUGAUGUAUUUGCCUCUAUUGGUGGACAGUCAGGCUUGUAA